AAUGGCCUCUCUGCAGUCUCAGGCUGGAGAUCUCCGACUUGCCAGUACAUACGACCGUUGUGGCAUCAUGAUCACCUGGCAUCACAAAAGCGUCACUCCCAUCUGCAUAUAUCCACACCGGUUCUCGCACUGCCAGCCAGGCCUAUGCUUCCCCUUCCUGCGCUCCGCUAAGGGCAUGAUCGAAAUUAAUACAUAUCCUAAAUAUUUCUCGCAUCUGCCCUUGCGUAUCCUCAACUAUCCACACACCGAGUUCAUCGAAGUUCCCUCAGGGUCAUGGUCAAAGAUUCCUCGGAGUACAUUCCUGUCGACGCUGUUGACUAUGGUAAUAAGGAGGAAUCAUUUGAUGAUGCAGAAAGGUUCGGUGCAGGACCUCGUCCUAAGUUGUAUAGUAGCCUUCGCGUGUGGCCUCUGGUGAGCCAUGGCGCGUUGUUAUGCACAUCGAUACUAUUUUUCGCGCUAUGGAUUGGCACGCCUUCACCCCACCUGCAUGACGACAUUCCUGUAUACUCUCCAGCAAGUGGUGCUGUUGAAUCUACGAUCGUAAGAUUCAACGGAACGCUCGACUUUCCUUCUGUCUAUCGUGGCCCUCCUUCCCAAGAAAUUGAUGCCGUUUGGGCCAGAAUAACUCAUGAUGUACCACCAACUCGGAUGUCACUUGAGGAGAUUCUCAAAGCCGGCGAAGUAGAUACUCCUUCCAAGGUCAAAUAUCCACCCGAAUUUGGUGGGGGUUUCAUGGUAUCCAUGGAAGCCCCUCACCAACUCCACUGUCUGAAUUUACUUCGUAAAGCCUCGUGGCCCCAGUAUUACGGGCCCAUAGAUCCUUCGUUCCAGGAUACGCCCGAAGUAGUCCGCAUGCAUCUUGAUCAUUGCAUUGAAAUGCUCAGGCAGAAUACCAUGUGUAAUGCCGACGUGACGACGAUAACAUGGGACUGGGUUGAUGGACACAAAAUCCCAUACCCUAACUUCAACACUCGCCACCAAUGCAGGGAUUUCGAGAAAGUAUUGGACUGGACUGCCGAGCAUGCCGUUCAUAUCCCUCGAUCAGCGGUUACUCGCUUCAGAGAUACAAUUGACAUCCCCUUACCCCCCCAUCUGAUGCACAAUGAUGUAUAGGGAAUGACGUGCUCCUUGCUCAUUACAUACAUUCACGAGUACUUAUCUUGCAAUGAUCAAGAGUACAUCAAUGACAUAGGAAUACCCUGAAAUUGCCCA